CAUUUGAAGUUGAACCCUCGCUCUCUCUCUCUCGCUCGCUCCGCAUCUCCUUUUCCUCGUCUCUUUAUCCCACUUCGUUUCCUCCUCCCCGCACCCACAACACCACCACCACCACUUCGCCCGAUACGAUAUUCAACCCACUCCCGAACGAAGGCAACAUGAAGGCGUCGCUGAAGGGGAAGUACGACCUGGACAAGAACGGCGCCGCCGCGACCCUCGGCGUCGGCGCCGGCGAGCUCAAGCUCCGCGCCUCCAUCACCGACGCCACCGUCGUCAAGGGCCCAAGCAUGAACGGCUUGGUCCUCGCCGUCGAGAAGCCCGGAUUCUUCAUCGUCGACUACAACGUCCCCAAGAAGGACUUUAGGUUCCAGUUCAUGAACUCGGUCCGAAUUGCCGAGAAGAAGUUGAAUUUGACGUACAUCCACAGCAGGGGCGAUAACCGGACGAUUCUCGAAGGGGCGCUCGUGAUCGAUCCGGCUAAUAAGUUGUCGGCAAAUUACUUGCUUGGUCCGGGGAAUUGCAAGUUGAAGUACACUUAUGUCCAUAAAGGGUUGACUACAUUCGAGCCUUCCUAUGAUUUGUCGAAGAAUUCGUGGGAUUUUGCGGUGGCGAGGAAUGUAUAUGGGGAUGAUGUCCUCAGGGCGACUUACCAGACUACGAGCAAGGCGUUGGGGCUGGAGUGGUCGAGGAAUUCGAAGUUGAAUGGGUGUUUCAAGAUAUCUGCUUCUCUCAAUCUGAAUGAAGAAUCAAAGGUGCCAAAAUUAACUGCUGAAAGUACGUGGAACUUCGACAUGUGAUUGAUGCGUAUUACUUCAAGGGGAGUCCUAGUUUCAUUUUCUGGCUUGAAAUUUAUUUUACCUGGAUAAGCAUUCGCUACCCUAGUUGACUGUGGUCCUGAAAUUUUUCAGCAUUUAUCUCUCACUUCUUGAUACUUAUAAUUUAUAAGAGAGAGAAGUUUGGGCAAA